GUGAUGGAACGGAAGCCCCUCCCCCUGGCAGGUGGAGAAGAGGCGGAGUAUCUGUUGGCCCUGAAACAGGAUUUUAGAGGAGCGAUGAAGACUCUGCCGUUCUUCAUCAAACCAGCUGCAGCACAACGAGAUGUGCAGCGCUACUCUGACAAAUACCACAGCGGCGAGCAGACCAACAGCCUCUCGGACUGGAACCUAGACUGGAGAAGAUUUCCCAGAGAGCUGCAGGUCCACAUCAGGAGGAGAGUCAGAG